AUGGUCAUCUCUCCAGCUUCGACUGUGGGGGACCUAAAACUUCAUCACCACCGGGGCGCGUCUCGCUCCCCUCCGCCGACACUCUCCCUGUAUCAGUCCAACCUUGAGGCUAUGCGUCUUUCCGAUUGUAGUUUGAUCUCCCCUCCAUCAUUUCUACACAAGGGCGCGACAUUGUCACCGCCCGUGCUAUACGAUUAUCCUGCACAAGUAUCCGAUUUCUCAGAGAAAUAUCGCCGACCAGGAUCGCCCGACGGCAUUCCUCAGGCUUGGACUAACCCUGCCAGUCCCAGCUCUCCGUUCUCCACCUCUCACUCAACUAUCCUCGUUCCCAGUGCAGGAGCGACUGGCGACUCCGGGUCCGUUGCGUUGCCCUCGGCAUCGAAUCCCUCCAUCAACUUCGAAUAUUCCACUCCAGCCUCUGCUUUCUCAUUCCAUUCGUCCGACUUCUUUUCUAGUGAUAUUUCCGCAAUUCACCAACGUCAUCCCGCCUCCGACCACCUGGCUUCCUGUCCUCCUGUCACCCCUUCCCUAGAGUGUCAUUUACUACCAUCUAGUUCCUCUCACAAUUCCUCCAAUCCGUGGAGGAAUCACAAUCUUUCCAUCCACGCACUCUCAUCAGCGCACAUGAGUUCAUCAAACUGCUCCCUUACUCAUUCCGAUCCACUACCCAGUGGUAGUAGCAGCCGAAGUUGGACACCUGAUCAGUCUGAGAAUCCCAAUCCACCCAUAGGACAGGCAGAGCACGCGACCACUUCACGCCGAUUUGCCCACAUCGGCUCGCCAGCAAGCUUCGAGCAGUUGCCUAACCCAUAUUUCAACCAUCACGGCCAACCUUCGCCACCUCACUCCCGCCCCCAACGUCCUGAUGGAGCCCUGAGAGGAUUAGCAACCAGUCAGCGGCUCGCCAUCCACUCAUCUGAUACUGGCAGCGACGAGCGCUGCUACCCUCUGACGCCUCUCAGCAUGAACCCUCCAAGCCUUAGAUUGAUGAGCACCUCUGCAAGCUUUGGGAUCCCACCUGCUUGGUUCGAAGCCGAAGUUUUCUCUCCUCUAGAUGGCGCCCCUCACUCUGAUUACGAAGGAAACCGCAACCCUCACAUGUUCCAUCCCCCACGAAACGUCGCACUGUCUUGUGAUUCCCGACAUCCUUCUCAAGCUUUAGAGUCCAAAUGUCAAUCCCCAAUCAAUAGUCCAAUCGACGCCGGCCAAUCUACAAUACAUGCCAGGUUUAUGGCUGGAAAACGUCACAUUAAGUCGAUUUCUGGUUCUUCUCGCCGGGUUUCUUUGGAGCCAAUCCCCAAGUCGAACGAGACUCCAGUCAAUGGAUGCAACAAGAAGAAAAAACGCGAAGUCAGAGAGGUGGAGGCCUCGUGUGGUACCUGUGGCGAGCAGAUGGCACGCCUGACUUUGAGGGGUAGCCCUGAAGAGUUAUAUGUUACCGAUGGCUUUGAUGUUAUCCACACUUGUAAGGCUUGCCAAGAAGGUAGACCAGGGGGUGCCCAUGUGACCUUCAGAAAUGAUUUGAUAUCAGCGCCUUUUUCUGAGCGGGCUCUUAUCAAAAGCGAACCAUGCCAGGAAGAGGAUUUGCGGCCCGAGUCGCUCCCUCAGGCUGCGGUGACAACAUUCAGAAAGCGCAAUCGACGUACCGACGAUGUGACGGCACCCACCACUUGUGACUGCUGCGCCCGGCAACUAGGAAUUGGUGGAAUUGUACCCCGAAACGGACGAUCGGCGAUCCAAUUCGUUGUCGAGGUGGUAUGUGUUCACUGUGUAAACAACUUUAGAAGAUGCACAGAUUGUGGCGGCGGAGGUGGAUCGCGAUUAGGUGUCGGCAAAUGGAGAUGCAAAGAACUCUUCUCAGAUGGUCGACGAACUUGCAUCCUAUCUCACCAAAGGCAAGGUGCCUCCACCGAAGUGAUCACAAAGGUAUGGAGAGUAAGCCAGCUCUCAGAGAAGCCAGAGUUGGAUACUCUUGUCGGACAAUUGCGGGAACUGGCCAAACAUUCGUUGUACGCUGCUUUAGCAACUCCUGAAAUUUUAGAAUCGGGCCUGGCGCGAGUCAGCACGUUUGAAGACAUCAAAACAAUGUAUGCGAAUGGGUGGAAAGAAAUUCAGCAACUUAUCCGAGAAGAUGUCGAGAAAUCAACUGGAAGGAGAAGAUACGUGGGUUUGAGAUGGACAAAACCGCAUCCACGCAAAGGCCCCAAGCGUGGCGCCCUCAACACACCCGAUCGAGUUUCUCCAACAGUCAGGGAGGAAGAACUGGUGCUGGAGCCGGGCAAAGAGCUAUCAGGAUUCGUACUUUCUGAGUGA